AUGGCAGCCCGGCUGGGAGCCCUCGCCGCGUCGGGGCUCUACCGGCGGCGCCAGCACCGGCAGAGCCCGCCGCCCGCCGCGCCGGGCAACAUGUCCAGCGCCUUGGCCAACGCGGUAUGCCAGCGCUGCCAGGCGCGCUUCGCCCCUGCGGAGCGGAUCGUCAACAGCAACGGAGAGCUGUACCACGAGCACUGCUUCGUGUGUGCCCAGUGCUUCCGGCCCUUCCCCGAGGGGCUCUUCUACGAGUUCGAAGGCCGGAAGUACUGCGAACACGACUUCCAAAUGCUGUUUGCUCCAUGUUGCGGAUCCUGCGGUGAGUUCAUCAUCGGCCGCGUCAUCAAGGCUAUGAACAACAACUGGCACCCGGGGUGCUUCCGCUGUGAGCUGUGUGACGUGGAGCUGGCUGACCUGGGUUUCGUGAAGAACGCAGGCAGGCACCUGUGCCGGCCUUGCCACAACCGGGAGAAGGCCAAGGGCCUGGGCAAGUAUGUCUGCCAGCGGUGCCAUCUGGUCAUUGAUGAGCAGCCCCUUAUGUUCAAGAAUGACGCCUACCACCCGGACCACUUCAGUUGCACCCACUGCGGGAAGGAACUGACUGCAGAGGCCCGAGAGCUGAAGGGUGAGCUCUAUUGCCUGCCCUGCCAUGACAAGAUGGGCGUCCCCAUCUGUGGGGCCUGUCGCCGGCCCAUCGAGGGCCGUGUGGUCAACGCACUGGGCAAGCAGUGGCACGUGGAGCACUUUGUCUGCGCCAAGUGUGAGAAGCCAUUUCUGGGGCACCGGCACUACGAGAAGAAGGGCCUGGCCUACUGUGAGACCCACUACAACCAGCUCUUUGGGGACGUCUGCUAUAACUGCAGCCAUGUGAUCGAGGGUGAUGUGGUGUCAGCACUCAACAAGGCCUGGUGCGUGCAUUGCUUCUCCUGUUCCACCUGCAACAGCAAGCUCACCCUGAAGAACAAGUUUGUGGAGUUCGACAUGAAGCCUGUGUGUAAGAGAUGCUAUGAGAAGUUCCCGCUGGAGCUGAAGAAGCGGCUGAAGAAGCUGUCGGAACUGGCCGCGCGCAAGGCCCAGCCCAAGUCCGUGGGCCUCAACUCUGCCUGAGCGGCCUCCUGCCCACCCUCCACCUCCACCCCAUCCCUUCCUGCCGGCACCCCCUGCCCUUUGCUGCCUCCACUCCUCAUCUCUGCUCCCUGUCUGUGGCCUCCCCCUCCUUCCUUCCCUCUGCCCCUCCCCUCCCAUACCUCUUCCGCCCCUCCCCUUCUUUCCCUCCUUUCUUUCCCUCCCCCACCUCGCUCCCCUGCUUUCUUUGCUCACCACCCCUUCUUUUGCCCCUAGUCCCUCCUCCCCAGACCUCUCUUCUCUCCCUUGCUGUGGGCUCCUCUCUCUCCUUCUGUGCAGGCAUGGGGCAGACGCAGGGCCCUUAAGCCUGUGACAGCCUGUGCCCACAAGCCUUAGCUCCAGGUCCUCCGCGAGUGAAUCAGGGCCUGGGGUCACCUGGCCCUGAUUGUGGGCCACUGCUCCCAGCCCUGCUCAUCCAGACUUGUCCCAUUCCUGCAGGGGCACCCAGCAGCUCACAUCCUUCUGUGGGAGCUUGGCCAGCCUCCACCCCGUAGUGGUCCCACUGUGCGCACAUGGCCCUGGGGAGGCCACAGCCAGGCAGCUGCUCCAGCCCUGUGACCCUGGCCAUGAGCAGGGGGGCCUCUGGGGAACCACCCUUUGACCCUUGGCCACACACUCACCCAACCAAGUAGGUUGUGCUUAAACUGCCACCGCACCCCACAAAUCAUCCUCGGAGGGACAAGGACCCCCCCCCCCCCCCCACCACUCAGGAGGCCUCCUUCCUGAAAUCUGGCCUUGGCCACUCCACCCUGGGCCAGGGGCCACUGUGGCUCCCUGAAGCUCCUCUGUGGUCCCCUCAGCACCUUGGGCUCCCUGCUGCUUACCCGCCCCCCCCUCUGAGGGCACGUGCUGAUUCUCUGGGUGUAGCUGACCGGGGGCCAGAAGGUAGUGGCCUUCUGACUCACUCUGACCCUCCAGGGCCAGCACAGGAACUGGCGCUUGCAUGAUGACUGAAGGCUUACUUACACGACCACAUGGCCGGCGUGGGUUUUGGCGUGAGAGUGAGCAGGUGAGGCUGCAGCCCCCGUGGACAUACUGCUUCGGGGUCGUUUAACGCUUAGAGACAUAGACACAGAACAGGACUAGGACCCAGCUCUUGCUGGCAGGGCCAGGCUGCCGUCGGGCCUUGGAGACCAGUCUAGCCAGAAACCUUCAGUCCAUGAAGCCUGGCCAGGUGGGUAGGAUGGGUAGGAUGGAGCCCGCCAGCAUGGUGGCGAUGAACCCAGGCCACUAAGGCUGUGUGUCCAGCUCUGCUCCCACCUGGGCACAGGCUGGCCUUCGCGUGAAGCCAGCAGCCAGAGAGCAGGCAGGCCUGGCCUGCACCUGUACCAGGCCCUCCUGGGAGCAGUUAUGUGUCCCAGUGCCCUGUGGGGGAAGGAGAAAGGUGCGCAAAGGGGCCUCAUAGGAAGAGGCGGGAGGGAGGGGGAAAGCAGAUGAAGGGAGGAGGGAGAGACCAAUGAAGUCAUUCACGGAGAAUGGAGUUGUCAUCCAGGCAUCCCCAGAGAAGUCACAAUGCUUUUUGCUUUUUCUGGAAGAGACCUUUUGCUGGCCAGUGCCUCCUAGGCCUCCUGCCCACCUGACCAUCCCCCCCACCCCACCUUCUCUAACACAUUGCACACUGCUUCAGGAAUUUUUAUUGAACAUUCUUGGGGGAGUCCUUUCAGCCAUCCACUCAUCAACCUGGAGGCCUGACACUCCCGGCCCCGCCCUGGGCUCCCCACUUUGGCCUCCAUGGUCAGCCCCUCAGGAGAGGAGGCCUACCUGGUGGGCUGAGGGAUGUGGGUGUGUUCUGGAGAGAGGGCAGUAUGAAAGGCUGCCUGCAGAGGGCAGGCUCUGGGCCAAGAAGAGGGCCUUAGGGAAGUGCCACCAGGACCCCCGAUUGGGAAGGGUGAGUGAGUGGGCAGGCCAGCUCCGGUGCUAAGGAUCGGCCUGGGCUGGGGCCUGGGAGCCCCGCUGCUUGUUCAUGGUGCUCAGGAGCUGCUGCACGUACGAGGUCAGCAGGUCAUCCAUCUUGUAGCCCUGGACAGGGGAAGGGUGGGGUUGGAGGCUGUGAGGGGCAGUGGCGGUGCCCUGCUUCUGCCUCAAGGACACACUGGACAGGGAGGUGAAGAGGUGAGCAGGGCUCCUGCUACUGAGAACAGUCCUCCUCCCUCCUCAGAGUGGCCCAGGACCACAGGGGGCCCGCACCAGACCUUGCCACCACAGUCCCUGGAUGACACUCCCAGCCUUUUUCUUGCUGCUCCUCCUUCCCAGACUCUGCUGGCCCGGCCUGGCCUAGUCCACCCUGGGCACAGGAAGCCUGGCCCUCAUCGUGAGCCACUUCCCUGGUGGCAGUCUGGGGUCAGGGUUAGGGAAAUGUAGUCCCUGGUGCCUCUGUGUGCUGUGUGUCUGGGUUGGGGGAAGGGACCUGGGAUGCCCAGGAGGCCCCCAGGGCUGGGGCUCACCAGAGAGGUCUCACACAGCAAGCGGCUGCCCCGGGCCAGGCUCCCCAGCGCCAUGUGGAAGUAGGUGCUACCACUGCUCCAGCUGGAGAUCUUGGUGAAGGGGUAGGUGGUGAGCAGUUCCUGGGGGGCAG